GAAAAACACAACCCUUCUUGUCCCUGUUUAGUUUCCGUAGUUUGCCUAAACUAUGAAGUGUUUGCGUGUUGACGUACAGUAGGGAGAUAGCUGGUGCUGGAAAAAUUAAUAACAUCAGUAUGGAUCUCCAUCCGCCGCCAUUGAUCCGGGAUUGCCUUAUUCAUAUUUUUGCAUUCCUGACAGAGGAAGAUUUAAUCACUGCUUCCAGUGUGUGUCAGGAUUGGAAUGAAGCUGCAGAGACACCUUGGUUGUGGAGGAAGAUGUGUCUGCAGCGCUGGAGUUUCUGUAACCUCGCUGUCCUGGGGAGUGAACACGUAAAUCACUCAUGGAAGAGAUACUUCCUGCAACGCUGCCACUUAGAGAUGAAGAUGACGGCAGGCAGGUCAGGAGGUUACACCUGCAAAAGCCUCAGAGGACACGCAGGCAGAGUGGUAGGGCUGGUGUACCUGCAGGGGAACUCAGCCCAGAGUCCUGACCUCUGGAACAGCCGUGCCACAGUGUGCAGCGCCUCCACUGAUGGUACAGUCCGAGCGUGGGACAUCCAAAAUGGUGAGCUCCUGUGGUGCAGUCCCGUUCAGAGUCCUUUGACAGCGAUUAUUGGUGAUGAACGGCGUGAAGUUGUGAUCACAGCAGACUCCACAGGCCUCAUCAAGACCUGGCAUGGUGAGAGCGGCAAGGAGGGGGCCUCUUUUGCUACUGGCUCUCCACUCGGUUCAUUACUACAGUAUAACAUCAACAACAACUGGUUUCUGACUGUUGGAACCAGCCAGGGAUCUGUGUGUACACUAGCAGAUUCAGCUUUGACUAAAAAGUCCAGUGUGAUGGUGUGUGACUCUUUCAAAGUCAACACUCUCCUAGUUUCACGUGACAAGAAAUGGAUCACUGCUGGAACCAAGGACAAGGAUGAUUUAAGUCCAAAGGUGAUUUACACAGAGAGUUUGACCUCACCGUCUGAGGACGAAGAUCCUCUGUGCCAGUCUUUGCCAGUCACAGGGUGCCAGGCCGCUGUCUUCAUCCCCACUCAGCCUGCGAGACUGGCCCUCAUCCACCACAACGGGCUCCAUAACAACAAAGCCCUCACUGUGUUCGAUGUCAGCAUUAAAAAGACCAAGUACAAGUCCGAGAUCCAGGUCCAGCAGGUGGAGUCCUUCCCUUUGACACUGAACACCUGGUCCUCACAGGUCCUUCUGGAGGCCGCUGACAGUAACUGCUUAGUGUUGGCAGCCGGGCAGGAGCUAUAUGUCUACUCUCUGAAAGGAGCCCUGAUUGCUAACUUUAAAGAGCAUACAAUGUCUAUCUCUUCUAUAAGCGUGGAUAGCUUUCGUGUGGUGACAGCAUCUCAGGAUCUUUCCUUACGGGUGUUGACAUGGGGAAAGGACAGAGACCAUGGGUUGACCCUAGAGAGCCAAUACCAUUUACUGGGAGGCUCUCACACAAUGUCCAGACGGUUCACGCAUGUCGCCUGCGACUACUCCAGCAUCACAGCCUCAGCAGAAGGGAAAGAUGGAAAAGACGUCUUGAAAGCAUAUUCUUUCACCUCUUGAGUGACACUGCUUCACAUAAAGGUGCCUACAAGCAGUUUGCACAAGAUACUGGGAAGAGUUACAUUUGCUUUUAUUAUUGUUUUUUAUAUAUGCAGAUGUUCUUUGGUUAGUGUAUGUUCAGAGACACCAGAAUAUAACACUUAUUAAAGAUUAUAAACACCCACCAUGUUACGGGAAAGGCAUUGGUAAAGGUAUAUUGAUAAUGUUUUCCACUAUGCUUUUGGAUCUGUUAGAUAUGACCAUGUCUUAAGGCAUGAUGUGUGCAAAAUAUAUUCACCUGUUCUUCAAUAUGUUAGCUCCACUCACUACUGAGGUAAGAAAAUACUGAAUUGUGUUAGUACUGCAUUAAUGACAAUAAUCCAUUUACUGUACAUUCAUGCUAAGACCAAAGAAAAUAAAAAUGACAAAAUAUA